CAGACUUUGAGACUCCCACCGUAGCGCAGCAUCGUGCUAGAAUAAUCCAAGAGGUUUUCCUACACACAAAACUGGUGCCCCGGUAGUGUUAUUUGGCUGUGCACGCCAGGUAACCAUUUGCACAAAGAUGGUGAAUCUGGUGGAGGCGCAGAAGCCGCUGCUGCACUACCUGGUUCGGAGAGCCGGGCUACGGCAGCACACCGUCGACGUCGACGGCGCCGGCACGGUGAUCAGCUUCUGGAUGCCCAAGGACAAAGUGCCCAAGGACAAGGCCACCGUGCGGGAGAUCACGCCCGAGGCAGCAGAGGCCAGGAACAGCAAGCUGUCGUCGUCGUCCGAGGCGGCGGCGGACAAGACGAAUUCGCAGCAGCACAAGGCGAAGAAAGUCGAGACGAAGGACAGGCCCGCCGUCGUGCUCGUGCACGGCUUCGCCGCCGAAGGCAUCGUCACGUGGCAGUUCCAGGUCGGCGUUCUGGCGAAGGACUACGACGUGUACGUGCCGGACCUGCUGUACUUCGGGGGCUCGACGUCGCCGGCGACGGACCGGUCGCCGGGGUUCCAGGCGGAGUGCCUGGCGACCGCGCUCCGGAGGCUGGGCGUGGAGCGGUGCACGGUGGUGGGGUUCAGCUACGGCGGGAUGGUGUCGUUCAAGAUGGCAGAGUCGCACCCGGGCCUGGUGCAGUCGCUCGUGGUGUCGGGCUCCGUGGUGGCCAUGACCGACUCCAUCAGCGAGAGCGCGCUGGAGAGGAUCGGCGUGAAGUCGUCGACCGAGCUGCUGCUGCCGGAGUCCGUCAAGGGGCUCAAGGCGCUGCUCUCCAUAGCCACCUACAGGAAGCUCUGGUUCCCCGACCGCAUUCACAGGGACUAUCUCAAGGUGAUGUUCACCAACCGCAAGGAAAGAGCCGAGCUGCUGGAAGGUUUGGUGGUCAGCAACAAAGACGCCACCGUGCCCGUCUUGCCGCAGAAAAUACUUCUGCUGUGGGGAGAGAAUGAUAACAUCUUCAACAUCGAGCUCGCCAAGACCAUGAAAGAGCAGCUUGGCGAGAAGACGGUGCUACAGAGCAUAAGCAAGGCCGGCCAUCUGGUGCACCUGGAGAGGCCCUGCGUCUACAACCGACGCCUCAAGGAGUUCCUGGCGUCCGUCACCGCUGAAGCCCCGGAGGAGUGACCGAGUGAUACUGUGUGUGUGACAGGGAGAUGGGAUUGGAUCAGAAGGGAUUGGGGUUUGAUUAUCUGCCCACCUACGUGUAUGGCGGCCUGGAGUGUUGAAUAAUACAAACGAAAACUCCAUCUGAAAAAAAAAAUCCAAAGACAACGAAUUGUUGGCACCCAAUAUGUCUGUUGUCCGAAAACUCCAUUGUCAUAGUGUUAGUCCGAUGAAUGCGUCGUUGGUCGUAUUUCAUAU